AUGAGUCGUCCAUUGACUUACACUACAUCCUAUCGUAGUUUACAAUUUAAUAUAAUUAAGUGGAUAUUAAUAUCGUUUGCCAUAUUAAACAUCCUGAGCUCUAUAUGGGUCGGCAUUUAUGUCGAAAUGGUUGUCCGUCGGGCCAAUCACGAACUGCCCAACGACGACGGCCACUACGGUACCGGCGACUAUGGACAGGCAUCCAAAAUAUGGAAAGGUUUUAUUAUUGCCGUACUGGUGGUCAUCGAUUUGGCCAAUUUGGUCGGCAUUUACGGUGCAUAUAAGGAAAACUAUAGGAUAACAUUGAUAUACGGUGUCGUAGUUAUGGCUUACGCUGUAUUUUGUGCGGUCAGUGACUACAUCCGCGGCAGCUAUUCCUCAUGGGUUGUGGCACUCAGUGUCGCACUACUGGCCUUUCUGUUUACCCAUAAGAUCCGUACGGAAGCCACACAACCCGUCCGAUAUUCAUCGCCAUCAUCUGAUCCAUCAAAACCUUAAUUUCAUGUCUAUAUUGUUUUGUGUGUUUGUGUGUAAUUUAAUAUAUAU